CUUCCCUGCAAGGAUUCGGGGCCGCCAUGGGGACAGCCGCCCUGGACCUCCUCUGGACAGUCCUUCUGCUCCCUCUCUUGGUGUCUGGGGUCCCCACCGAGGAGCACACCUCUGGGGAAGUCCUGGCCUCCAGUCCCCCCGGGCGCUGCCGACGGUGCUGUGACUCUGAGGACCCCCUGGCCCCCGCCUAUGCUGCCGAUGAGUCUGCAGCCUCGCCAUCCUCCCUCCCAUACGUGUGGCCUGAGGUCAGGCCCUACAUUAACAUCACCAUCCUGAAGGGUGACAAAGGGGACCGGGGCCUGCUGGGCACACCUGGGAAGCUGGGCAAGGAGGGUCCCCGGGGAGAGCGAGGCCCCCAGGGCACCAAGGGUGACAAGGGGCCGGGCAGCCCGGGCAGCCCCUGCCAGACUCGCUUCUCCGCCUUCUCCGUGGGCCGCCGAACGGCCCUGCACAGCAGCGAGGGCUUCCAGCCCCUGCCCUUCGACACGGUCUUCGUCAACCCGGACGGGCACUUCGACAUGGCCGCCGGCCACUUCGUGGCCCCGCUGGGCGGCCUCUACUUCUUCAGCCUCAACGUGCACAGCUGGAACUUCAAGGAGACCUACGUGCACGUCAUGCACAACGAGGAGGCGGCCGUCAUCCUGUACGCGCAGCCCAGCGACCGCAGCAUCAUGCAGAGCCAGAGCGUGAUGCUGGCCCUGGCGCCCGGCGACCGCGUCUGGGCGCGGCUCUUCAAGCGCGAGCGGGAGAACGCCAUCUACAGCGACGACGUGGACAUCUACAUCACCUUCAGCGGCCACCUCAUCAAGCCCGAGGACGACUAGUGCCUCCAGCGGGGCGGCUCCCCGGCGGGGCGGGCCCAUCCCCCGAGGGGCCUCAGUGUCCCCCUCUGCACAGUGGGCCCGCGGGGCCUGGCACUGCGGGUAGCCCUCCUCCCCCUUCCCUCCCUCCCAGGCUGUUUCUGCCAUCCCCUCUCUUGAACGUAUUUUGAGAAGCCUUCUAACCUAAAUAGUCUACAACCUGCCCAGCCUUUCAGACCAGCACUUCUCAAACUUGAACCUGCACAGGAAUCGCCUGGGGACCGUUCGUGCUAAAACGCAGAUUCUCUCAGGCAGGCGUGGAGUGGGCCCAGGACUCCGCAUGUCCGGUCAGUUCAUGGGUGACGCUCGCGCUGCUGGCCGAUGGGCCACACUGCAGUAACCAGACUCUAGAACUUUCUUCCGAAACUUUCCGAACCCUCUGAACAUUCUAGAAUCAUCACAACAUCCUUAAACAUUCUCGCUUCUCUGGGCUUCCCCUCCUCCCUCCCUCUCUCACUCUCGCCUGCACCCUCACCUGUGCAGCUGCUCGUUCUGUCAUUCAUCCAACCUCACGAGUGAGCUCACUCGGUGCCAGGCCCCGGGUAGGCUGGGGCGGGUCAGACGCAGACCCUGCGCUCGGUGGGCACGCAGCCCUGCCCGUUGGGAGACGGAGGGUUCCGAGACCUGACCCGGAGAAACGCUGGUGCUCUUGUCACAGAAGUCUGGGCUCCGGGCACUCAGACACCGUGGCCCCUCAUCACCCGCGGUCCCCAAGGCUGGUGGGACAGGGCCCCCGAGAUGGGGUGUUCCCGGCCUCCUCUCAUUCCUGCUCCAUGCCUGUCAUCAAAGCAGCCCCCAGCCCCCUAGCUCCCCAUACAGCUGUAUAGGCACCUGCGAGGACUCCCGUCCUCCUCACAGCACCCUCCCUGUCCCCUCUGGGGCUCAGCCACGACCACUCUCAGCCCCCCCGCCUAGACACCUGGCCUUGGUUCUCCCGAGCUCCCCGGCCCGUCAGACCUUGCUGUCUGUCCCCAGGUGCUGUCUGACCCUCCUUGUCCCCUCUUGCUGUCCCAGUGUCCCCGCUCUCUGAGCGUUAAGGUGCUGAGACCCAGUCUCCCCUGGCCUGGUGCUGCCUUUGGAGAUGCCAGGGCAGGGGCGCCAGGCUUUGGACCCUCAGCAGGUCUGAGGAACUGAAGCGGGUAACAUUCAGGUCAGUCAGGGGGACCCUCCCUCCUCUGAGCCAUGAUGCCGAGAGAGGCCCAGGCCCCUCUCUCCUGGGAAGAAUCAGACGCUAGUAAGGGACACCAGGCUUCCUGCCCCUUCUCCCCUCCCAGGUGGGCAGCCUGGUGUCCCCCAGCCUUCCUCUCCCCCGUCCAGGUGGCCUGACCCUCUCCCCCGGGAGGCGGCCUCCAGUCUUGGUGCUUACGCAGACUCUGGGGGUGGUCUCUGGUGCUCACAUACAGCCAAGGGGCCACGUGGUGGCUGCGUGGCUGGGGAUGGCAGCAGAGCCUGACUGUGCGCAGGCCAGGGCACAGCCACUCCCAGCCGCCUGCCCCUGCCCCCUUGUCCAGCGUGAUUAAAGGUGCGUGUCU